AUGAGGUGUGAAUCGUUUGAUAAGGUGGUUCAUCGUCUCCACUUGAUCCUCCUGACAUGGAUUUUGUUGACUAUUCAAGCUAGAUCAAUGUCAGGAGAGAGGUCUACGUAUAUCAUCCACAUGGACAAGUCUGUGAUGCCCAAGGUUUUCGCAACCCAUCACCACUGGUACUCCUCCAUCCUUCAUGCUAUAAAGACUGACACUCCCACAACAUCCGCCGGCCUUCAGUCCACUGCCCGGCUUAUCUAUACUUAUGAUCACGCUCUCCAUGGCUUCAGCGCUCUUCUAUCUUCACAAGAGUUGGAGAGUUUACGUGAAUCCCCAGGGUUCGUUUCAGCUUACCGUGACAGGGCAGUCACACUUGACACCACCCACACUUUCGAAUUUCUCAAACUCAACCCUGUCACUGGUCUAUGGCCUGCAUCGGACUAUGGCGAAGACGUCAUCGUUGGCGUUAUUGACAGCGGUGUCUGGCCGGAGAGCCCCAGCUUCAAAGAUGACGGUAUGACCCAAAUUCCUGCAAGGUGGAAGGGUACAUGUGAGGAAGGUGAAGAGUUCGAUUCUUCCAUGUGUAACCGAAAGCUCAUUGGAGCUAGAUCAUUCAUUAAGGGUCUGAUAGCGGCAAAUCCUGGCGUUCACGUAACAAUGAACUCGCCUAGGGACACAUUUGGGCAUGGGACUCAUACUUCAUCCACCGUUGCUGGGAAUUACGUGGAAGGUGCAUCCUACUUUGGUUAUGCCACGGGAACUGCAAGAGGGGUUGCGCCCAGAGCCAGGGUGGCCAUGUAUAAGGUCGCCGGCGAAGAAGGGCUCACUUCUGAUGUAAUCGCUGGUAUUGAUCAAGCCAUCGCUGAUGGCGUUGAUGUGAUUUCUAUUUCCAUGGGAUUUGAUUAUGUGCCAUUGUAUGAAGAUCCAAUAGCUAUAGCUUCAUUUGCUGCUAUGGAGAAGGGCGUAUUAGUUUCAUGUUCUGCAGGGAAUGCUGGCGCACUUCCUCUUGGGACAUUACAUAAUGGAAUCCCAUGGAUCUUGACAGUCGCAGCCGGUACUAUAGACCGUUCAUUCACUGGAACUUUGACUCUUGGAAAUGGGUUAACCAUUACUGGAUGGACCAUGUUUCCUGCAAGUGCUGUUGUUCAAAACCUUCCUCUUAUUUACGACAAGACUUUAUCUGCGUGCAAUUCAUCAGAGUUGUUAUCUGGCGCACCUUAUGGCAUCAUCAUAUGCCACAACACCGGAUAUAUCUCUGGUCAAUUGCGUGCGAUCUCUGAGUCAGAAGUUGAUGCUGCUAUAUUUAUUUCCGAUGAUCCCAAAUUAUUCGAGUUGGGCGGUCUAGACUGGCCUGGCGUGGUGAUUAGCCCGAAAGAUGCGCCGGCUCUGAUUGAUUAUGCAAAAACUGGUAAUAAACCAAGAGCCACCAUGACAUUCCAACAGACCAUUGUGAAUACAAAACCUGCGCCUGCAGUUGCUUUUUACACGUCAAGAGGUCCUUCACCCAGCUGUCCUACCAUCUUGAAGCCGGACGUAAUGGCACCUGGGUCACUGGUUUUGGCUGCUUGGGUUCCAAAUAGUGAGACAGCAAGAAUUGGGACAGGUUUGUCCUUGUCCAGUGACUACACCAUGGUCUCCGGCACAUCCAUGGCUUGUCCGCAUGCGUCUGGUGUGGCUGCGCUCCUCAGAGGUGCACACCCGGAGUGGAGUGUAGCAGCUAUCCGGUCAGCCAUUGUGACCACAGCAAACCCAUAUGAUAACACUUUUAAUCAUAUUCGGGACAACGGUUUGAAUUUCACAAUUGCUUCUCCUCUGGCAAUGGGAGCUGGCCAAAUUGAUCCAAAUGGAGCACUUGACCCAGGUCUAAUAUACGAUGCAACCCCACAAGACUACGUCAACCUCCUCUGCUCCAUGAACUUCACCAAAAAGCAAAUCUUAACCAUUACUAGAUCAAACACUUACACUUGCCCCAAAACUUCUCCAGACUUGAAUUACCCAUCAUUCAUUGCUCUGUACAGCCAAAACGACAACAAAUCAACAACAGUGGUUCAGAAAUUUCAAAGAACUGUAACGAAUGUAGGAGAUGGCACAGCAACUUAUCACGCUACAGUGAUAGCUCCUAGAGGCUCCAAGGUCACAGUCUCACCGACGACUCUAGUCUUUGAGAAGAAGUAUGAGAAGCAGAGUUACACUAUGAGUAUAAAGUAUAAGAGCGACAAGGACGGGAAGAUUUCCUUUGGUUGGUUGACAUGGAUCGAAGACGAUGGAAAACACACAGUGAGGAGCCCGAUAGUGGUUUCACCGCUGGUGGUGAACCACUGAUAAACAUGCUAUUCAUCUGGACAAAAUGUCCGAACCUGCAGCGAUUAAUGCAAUUGUACCGUGUAUUCCUGAGUUUGGAAUAGUUGAAUAAAUAGAAUAAA